AUGGCAUCCUUAAACGACCAACUCAAAAGCCGCUCCGAAUUCCACACAUUACACAAGAACGCAGUAGACGCCGAGCUGGCGCAAACAGACUCCAACGACUCCACUCCAUUCUGGCAGCAAGCCCGGCUCCUCACUCGAAACAUAGCAAGCCGCUACACACAAACGAGACGUACACAUCCUAUCGAGCUUCACGAGUACGAUCUCCGCGAGCCAUGGUAUCUGUGCGUCCAAGGCGCUAAACUCACAGCUGCGGAACACCCUGCGCAAGAUAGAUUGGUGAGUCAAGUGCUGCAUACGAGGGAAGUGGGUGUUCUUUCUCGGAGGAGUGGAGAUGCAAAGGGAGAGGAGAGGAAAGAUGCUCAUGAGAUCGAGAUGGAAAGAGCAUCUACAUCUGAUGGAAACAUCUGGAGCGAUCUUCCAUUCCUCGUCGAAGAAAUCCAAGCAGCAUGGACUCUCUCCCCAAGUGUCCCUACCUUUCAGCGCCACGAUCUAAGUGCAUUCAUCGCCUGA